AUGAAUCGAAGUUUUUUAAGGUUGAGUUAUGAAAGAUAUUGGAUUUACAGGAAAACCAAAGGGCUUGUCACAAUUAAGGCAUUGAUCCUGGUCGGGGGGUUUGGUACUAGGUUGAGACCAUUGACACUCAGUGUCACUAAGCCGUUUGUUGAUAUUGCUAACAAACCUAUGAUUUUGCAUCAGAAGAAAGAGAGUUUGUCGAAAUUAUGGGAUAUUCUCACUGUUUAUGUUCGGAUAGAUAAUGGUCAAGAAAUGAGUGACCUAUGCUCUCCUAUGAUAAUACUUCUUGAUGAUGAAGUCAAUGCCUUCUGGUGUUUCGAGCGUCUGCUGCAUAGAUUACAAUCUUGCAGCACAAAUUCUUCUAUAACCAAGGAGCAGUAUCUUUCAGAUAGAAUUGUCAUGCAAGCUCUACAGGAAGCAGAGGAUGUAAUUGAAGUUGAGUCAAGGAAAGAGGGAAAAGUUGAACUUGGAGUGUAUAAUGGAAUCAGGAAAACUUGUACUAGACGAUGCAGAAUUCGACCUGGGACAGACUGUUUUAGACCUUGCCGAGCAAUAAUACUUCUGUGGAAAUUUGGAUCGACAGCAUUUCCUUGCAACCAUUCACAAAAAAGCAAUGGAUGUCUCAUCAACGUCAAAGUAUCGAAAAGGUUUGCAAGAGGAAAGUGGCAAUCCAAGCCGUUGAUGAACAAGGAAAUUCUUUAUCAAAUGCGACUAUAUCCGUUAGAUUGA